UUGACACACCGCGCAUGCGCCAUGUUUAAAAUUUCAAUCCGUAACAAUCGUAAUCGUUGGUAACCGUUGAGUUCUUAAAUUUUUAAUUUAUUUUUUCCUUGUGUUCGUGUUAUAAACGUGCUAGCCCCCAUUCCGGUAAUGACCGCGCUAAAGGAAAACGUACUCCAACAACUCCAAAAACGUUUGGAGUAUUGCUACGAAUCGAAUAGGAGAGCCACGUUCAAAAAGUGGCCAUUCAAAGACACCAAGAAAUGCAAUGCCUCAAAACUGGCGGAGGCAGGUUUCAUUUUUACAGGAACCCGCGUGGACCCCGACUCCGUGACGUGUUUUUUCUGCAACAAGUCGCUGGAUUGUUGGGACGAAAACGACGACCCUUGGUUCGAACACCAGAAACACGCCCCGACUUGCGCCUUCGCGAAAAUGGACAAGCCAGAGGAGGCUUUCACGGUGACUGAAUUCACGGAGAUUAGAAACCAGUUUAUAGAGAAGUUUUUAAAGACCGAACUGAAAAAAAGCAUUGAUCAAGUGAAUGAACAUUUUGAUGACUUGGUGCACCUGAUAAGCGUCAUGAAAUAAAUCUGUAAUCACUU